UGACGAGUUAGCCUCCAUGCUAACUGCGGCAGCUAAGUGCUGUGGCGACUUUGAAGACGUGCCUGACAAACAAGUUGACGUUAAUGUGGAACAAGUCGACCAUAUUAUUACUAAGACCAGGUGUCAUAGCGCCGUACAAACAGAACACACACACGUCGGCCGUCUCAGCUGUCCGACGACAUGUUUAGUGGGAUGCGGCCGGAGAACCGCGGGGAGUCUGGCAUCCUGGACGCUGCGAGGCUCAGGCAGCAGAGGAGGCUGAAGCAGGCGGUCCAAUUCCUUCACAAAGACUCGGCGGACCUGCUGCCUUUGGAUGGACUCAAAAAGCUCGGAACAUCCAAGCAAGGACAGCCGCAUCACAUCCUCCAGAAGCGGCUGCUGGAGGCCAAGCUGUCGUCCCGGGGAAGGAUGGGCGUGUGCGGGCUGUCACCAGGCAACAACAACUUCCUCCAGCUGAAGCGCAAUCACUCCAAGUCGCUAGACAAGGAUGAUCCUGACGAGGAUGACUUCAUCUAUGUGGCCUGCAAGUGUUUAGGGCAGGAAGUCCAUGUGUUGAUUGACACAGGCUGCAAAAUGAAUCUGAUGUCCUCAGCAACUGUGGACAGAUUAGGUGUGAAGGGACUGAUGGAGGAGAACAAACUGGAGACGGACGCUUUCCCGUUCCAGCGUAAACUUCACAUGGAUGCUUCCAUCCAGGAGCUCAGCAUCACCAUUGGCCAAAUGAAAAUCAACUGCUCCUUUGCUGUCGUGGAAAGUAACAAGCCACUGAUGUGUCUGGGCAGCAAGACAUUAAAGUCACACAAGUGUGUCAUCGACACUGAGGGUCAGACCUUCACCUUUGGGAGAACCACCAGGGAGCAAGUUCACUUUGUGAAAAAGACAGAAAGAAAUGUGUAAAACAACGCCAGCACAGCCAUCAACAGCAAUAGAAUCGUUUCCUCGCACAACCCGAAGCCUCUGUAGCACAUCGGAUGCUUGACACGCCACUAAAAUCAUCAGCAUUCUUGUCGCAGUUCUAGAUUGAUGGUGAUAUUAAAAAUGCACUUCAUAAUGUUCUUCACAUGUAGCAUUGUAAGCAGUUAAGUACAAGUGUCGCUGCUUUGGCAUUAGAGAGCUUCUCUUGAAGAAGAUCAUUUGUUUUGGUGGAGCAGGCACACUGUAUACACAAAAAUGUAAUACAGUGGGAUUUUUUAAGCAUUAGCUGUGCCGUAAACUUUAAGUAGGACAGGGGUGUCCAAAGUGCAGCCUUUUUGCUUGUCCCAUCACUUAUAUUCUGCUGUACUACUGCAAUUUCCUUCACUUGGUGGAUUUCUUAGUGGAAUCUUAUUUGGAUUCGUUCUGAUCAUUGUUUUUUUGCAAGUUGGCUGCUGUCAUUAAUUAUCUGGAGCGAGCGCAUCAAUGAAAUGACGUUAUGGAUUAUUUCCAGACAUAUUUGGAGUCAUUUUUAUUAUUUCUACCGUGAAAGGCUGCGGCCUGCAUCAACUACCUGUAUUUAUGAGAGAAGCAAUCACAUCAAUAAAUUAAUAAUAAAAUUACCCAUUCUAUAGUUUUAUUGAAAUUUCUCUUGACUUUGGGUUAUUUCCAGUCAUAUUUGAAGUCGUUUUGAUUAUUUCUACCAUGAAAUGUGGCGGGGGCCGCAUGGUGACCGAGUGGUUAGCAUUUUGGCCACACAGUCAGGAGAUCGGGAAGAUCUGGGUUCGAAUCUCCGUUGGGCAUCUCUGUGUGGAGUUUGCAUUUUCUCCCCGUGCGUGCGUGGAUUUUUUUCCGGGCGCUCCGGUUUCCUCCUACAUUCCAAAAACAUGGAUGUUAGGUUAAUUGGCGACUCUAAAUUCUUCGUAGGUAUGACUGUGAGUGUGAAGGAUUGUUUGUAUGUGCCUUGUGAUUGGCUGGUGACCAGUCCAGGGUGUACCCCGCCUCUCGCGCAAAGUCAACUGGGAUGGGCUCCAGCAUACCCGCCAUCCUAAUGAGGAUAAGUGGCAUAGAAGAUGGAUGGAUGGAUGAAAUGCUAUGGCUGUCAUUAAUUAUUUGUGGGAGGAAUGAUUGUAUUAAUUAAAUUAUACGUUGUAUAGCGUUACUGAGAUUUCUCUGACUUUUGUGGAUUAUUUCCAGUUGUAUUUGAAGUUUUUUUGACUAAUUAUUUGUGGGAGGAGCAAUCACAUUAAUUAAAGUACACAUUCUAUAGUUUUACUGAAAUUUCUCUGAUUUUGUGGAUUGUUUCCAGUUGUAUUUGGGGUUGUUUUGAUUAUUUGUACCGUGGAAGGCGAUGGCUGUCAUCAAUUAGUUGUGAGAAGAGCCAUCGUGAUGAAAUCACACACCUAACAUGCCUAUUUUUAAUACUUUAAGUUAUUAAAUACAUUUUAAAUUCGGGUUUACACCAUAAACAAUUAUGGGCAUGCAGUAUACAGUAUGCAGUACUUACACAACAUCACGACCUGUCAAAGCAUCUUCCUGCUGGAAAAUCUUGAGUGAGUUGAUUUGUGAGACAGCACCCACUGCUGGAUUCAUAGCUGCAGUGCUCUGCAAAAAUACCUUGGAUUGGUUUGAGCUGUUUGUAGAAAAUGAAAAAUAUCAACACGCCUCUGAUUUUUCAGUAUGCGGCCCUGUGUGGAAAACGUUUGGACACCCCUGUAUUAAGGCAAAGUGUUAUGUAUCGGUGAUUAGCUUAGCACAAGCUCUCCAACAAUCUAGCACAAGUUUACUGUAUUUUAUAAUGUCAUUUUUAGUGCGUAUUUGCAUUGAGGAUGCUGCUUUUUACGAGCUCUACAUGUGAUACUGGAAUGUAGCAGAGUUCAGCAAUGACUAUGAAAUAAAAGUG